UGCAUGUCUAUCUUUACCGCAACAACGAGCAAUGCAACCAGAGGAGCGGCCUGAGGCUGCUGAAGCUCCCAGCGCGCCAUGGCGGGCGGCGUCCAUCUUCACUAUGGGCGCGGUGGGCCUGCUGUGCAAGGGUUUCUUGUGUCUGAACAAGAUCGAGACACAUGGCAUGGAGCGCUUCUUGCGGCUGUUGGAUGAGAGGAAGGAGCCAAAGGAGAGAGAAAGAGGGCUGAUUACUGUAUCGAAUCACAUCUCCGUAAUGGAUGACCCUAUACUAUGGGGCACAUUACCAUUAGGCUACAUGUUCAACCCGGACAACUUGCGCUGGGGGCUGGCAAGCUACGAUCUAUGCUUCACAAACAAAGGACUAUCUACUUUCUUUACCUUCGGCCAGACCCUGCCCACCCAUCGCAGCGCACACUCACAAUUCGGCGGUCUCUUCCAACCCACCAUAACGCAAGCGAUUCGCCUUCUGUCGCGCGGCCCUUUCCUCAAUGCCAACGACCCUCCUGAGAAGCCCACCACAUCCCUUAAUAACCCAGACCUCAUCGAUCCUUUCAGCAGCGGACACCUUACCUUCUCAACGAACGGCAUCGACACAUUUCCAGCACCCUCACAAUAUGUCAGCAGGCGACAUGCAUGGGUGCACAUCUUCCCUGAAGGCAUGAUACACCAGUCAGAACAGAGGAUAAUGCGCUAUUUCAAGUGGGGCGUAUCACGCCUCGUUUUGGAGAGCGACCCCAUGCCGGAUGUUGUACCCAUCUUCAUUGAGGGAUUCGACGACAUCAUGAACGAGGAGCGCACCUUCCCGCGCUUCGUACCACGGCCUUUCAAGAACGUCAGGGUGACGUUUGGCGAGAAGUUGAAUACAGAGGAAGUGUUUGGGGACCUGCGCGCCAGGUGGAAGCAGCUGCGAGCGAAUGAAGAACAGAAGAGCGGGACGCUGGACGUCGGCGUGCUGAACGAGGUGCUGAAGUACUCGGACGAGGCUGUCAGGAUACGGAUCGAAUGCACGGAUCGUAUACGGAAGGCAGUGCUCAAUAUUAGGCGGCAGCGUGGCUACUCAGACGAAGACCCCAAGAACAACCUCGCGAGCACAUGGCUCAGGGAAGGGCCCAAUAGAGAAGGUCGCCAAGAUGAUAACAGUGUUACAAGAGAAGAAUAAAGUAUAGUGUAGGAUAUAAUUGUAUGUAUAGCAGCAUCCAAGCUCGUAGAGGGCCAAACAUAGACGAAGGUUGUUGAGUCCGGGGUGCGGCUCGACAAAGCAGCGCGCAGCGUGUCAGAUUAGAUCAAGUUAUGACCGUCAGCAAUUACCUGAACCUGCUGGAAAGAUCAACCACGACCGCAAGGCGGGUUUCAUCAAUGCACUGAAGGUGCGUAGG